AGCUGUUAGUACUAGUCGUUGCCAUGAAGUUUUGGUCACAUUAACGAGUUCUGGUGACACGUGGCUAUUAUUAGUUGGUCGUUGCCGCACACCAUCAUGCCUGAUCAUUCGUGUGGCGGAGCGAUGGGAGUGGUAGGUGUCGUUCUAUUGUUGCUACUGCUUCCGCCUUGGGUCGAGGCGGUGGUGAGUUUGCCCAACCUUGAAUUCAACGCGGCGCUGGGCCAAAUACCCCAUGCUUCCAGCUACUACAAGUUUGAUCUGAACCCGAUCUUGGACACAAAGUACGUGCCUGGCAAUGCCAUCGAUGGCCUGGUCAUGCAGACCAGCUGGUGGUCCAGCGGCAGCAUCGAUGAAAACGUGUUCUUUCAAGUCAACUUCACGGCAGAGUCGCCAAUCAUCAGCAAGGUCGUGGUGCGGUGGCAUGGCUACUUGGCUGCCAAAACGUACGCCGUCAAGACGUCGUACUCGGGAUACGACGCCACGUUUGUCGUGUUCAACACGUUCGAAAACGUGUCUCCCGCGUGGGACCGCGUCGACACCGUCGUACCAUGGAGCAAUUCGUCCGUCAAGUUCAACUUCCUUCGACUGGAGAUCCAGAGCCCCGUUCAGUGCAAUCCAAACAUCACGGUGCGAUGCGACAACCGACGGCUCGCGUCAGACCAAGGGCCAAUCUAUGGCAUUCGCGAGGUCGAAGUGUGGGCCGCGUCGCAGAAGAGCGGUGGGUUCAAACAUGCAGCUAGGUCGGGAUGGCCUCCUAAUGCUAUCUCUCUUUCCCUCAGGUGCCCAUGCCUCGCGAGUUGGAAGCAUGGCGGCUUCGGUGCUCGUCGUCCUGUUGGUUAGCUUGUAAAUUGUCAACCCAGCCGCUCUGCCAUCAAAGUCGGAUAAAUAACAACACAUCCGGAUAUGAUGAAUCCAUGGUCGUUGCCC